GUCUAUUCGCCAGAGUGGUGCUGAUGAGCGGCUCGGCCUUAGAGCCGGCCAGCAUAGCCCGUGACGCCGACACAUACGCCAGACAUUUGGCAAAAACCAUCAAUUGUCCAAAUUUUGAUAACGUAGUAAUGGUGGAUUGUCUGCGGCAAAAGUCAGUGGAGGACAUCCUGAGGGUAGACCUGAUGACACCGCAACACUUGACUGCCUUCGGGCCCAUCGUCGACGGCAUUGUCGUGCCGUUAGAGCCCCGGCAACUGAUGCUCCGGCGAACGGGUGGCGAGACGUCCAGUUCCUCCUCAACCUCUGGGAGCGGCUCAUCCGGAAGCGGUUCCUCCUCGUCGUCCACUCCAUCCCAAUCAUCGCAACAGACUUUCCUAUUGAAUUCAAUGGCCAGUCAACGGACAGUCGACCUCAUGUUUGGUGUGACCCGAGUUGAGACACCGUUUAUAUUCAGUGGUCAGGAGGAGCGCCACGGCAUCGAUCUGUCCCGUCGGGAGCGCAUAUUACGUACACUUGUGCGCAAUCUGUUUGACUAUCACCAA